AUGCAGUACAUGGUGCAAAGACUGCAGAUAAUCCAAAUCCUCCAGGAGCAGCGCAUCAUGCAAUUGGGGCGCCAACUUGAGUCGUAUCGCGAACGACGAGCCGAGUUUGCUCAGUUCUCACGUCUGCCCCCAGAACUGAGGCGUCAGAUAUGGGCGUUGGCUAUUCCUCCACAGGUUUUCCGACCAUUCCGUUACCUCGAGCCCUCCUAUCUGGAGUGGAAAAGCCUCCCUCCGCCAACAAUUUCUCGAGUCUGCCGAGAAGCUCGACACGUUGCAUAUCAGCAGGGCGCAUUAUACCGCCAUGAGUUUCUCGCCCCCAUCUUCUGGACCUGGUUCAGUGGACAGAGAGACAUAUUAGAUCUUUCUGCUUACUGCAUGUCGGAAAAUGGGUUCAUUCCCUUGCAGACGAGUCUUCUUCGAGAGGCAAAGGCAAUCAUACUAGAUGUGGGCCUCGUCAGUGAUCCGUUGAUAGCCGGGUUGAAUAGCAAGUCCAGCCAUCUUGGUAAAGUUGAUACCAUCUAUCUCACGGUGGGAAAUCCAUCUCAGGUGGAAAAGCGGUCGUGGCAUCCGCACGCAGUAGCCCGGCUAUUCAGAGGCCAGUCUUUUGCUCUAGUGGAUAUAGAAGACGGCCAAGAGCUUGAGCGUCUCGAGCAAAUACUUCAAAUGAGCGGCAGUGAUGAGGUCAACUUGAUGAACUGGUGGCACAGAGACGCCAUCACCAGGCUCCAGGACCAGAUUCGGCCUCCGGCUGACAAGAUGAAGGCCUGGAGAGACGCCAAACAGCUCCUCUUGCAAGGAUGGAUAUCGCACCAUUAUCCAACAACUUUGCCAUUGCCUGAGAGCUUUUUUGACGAAAACGGUGUGAUUAGGGUACAAGAGGUCAGGAUGGCGUAUCCGCAGAUACCCAAAGUCCAGCUGGUGCAUGCCUUUGAACUAAUACCCGUCUCUCGGUUUGCAAAAUGGCGUAUGCUUGAAGACAUCAGAGGUUGA